AUGUCCGGUCGUGGAGAUAUUACGCCUCGGGACAUCGACACGGUAAGCCGAUAUCAAGAAGUCAUAAGCGUUUCGGUUGAAUUGGGAAAUGCACAUGGGCAGUCUACACUCGGCCUGUGUUACGACAUUAUAGACGAUGAUUAUGGGGCUAGUACUUAUACUAUGUCAUCUUGCACUUUAUUUAUUGUAGGGUUACAGAGUCCUUUCGAGUAG